AUGUCCACAACCAACAGUAAUGAAUUGUCUAUUGACAAGUCAAAUGAAAGGCCUAAAACAGUUGGAAUCCACCUGAAUACUCAGCAGUCAGCAGCCCCUCGCUCAGCCUUUUCUAAAUCCCUAAUGGCUGGUCUCCCCAGCAGCCGCUCUUUGGUGCGUGUCCCUUCUCGUGAAGAAAUUAAUCAAAUUACUGGAACUUUUGUGUCAAGCAAAAAACGGUCAACUGAGACAAAUUUUUAUUCAACUUUUUCUUCAGAGUCUCAGAGACUUUAUAAGCUCCCAAGACUAGCUUUAAUUAAAGCUUUAAAAGGACUUAAUACAGGCUCAAAUUGAUUUAAUGAUAAUGAAGAUUUGAAUUUGCUUGAUACCAGGGGGUCAACUAGAUUUUCUGGUGCAGAUUAAUUUUUAUGGCUUUUUGUCUUAAAAUAUUUGGGAUAUAAAUAAUUAUUUGAAGGUCAGAAUUCUUAUAGAUAAAAUAUUUUAAAAAAAAUUCUUUUGAAAAAAAUAUGAGCCAGAUUUUCAGCCAAGCCGGGCACAGCUGGGCAAACAUGAAAUAUACUGUUUUUAUAUACCAUAAACUUCUCUUUAAGCAAAAUAGCCUAUUUUGUAUAUAAUCACAUUAACAUCCUUAUAAUAUAAAGCUUCUAACCGCUUCACACUUCAUAAUAUCUUCCCCACACGAAGCGUUCCAUUUCAAAAAUUCCCUGAAACCCACAGUGAGCGCUUUUCUCUAAUAAACCCUCGGCAAGACUCUGAGCUUGCCAACUACGUCGUCAACUCUACCAAUGCCUUCCGUACAGAAUGAUCUAAACGCCGAGAGCUUAAAGACCGAAAAUUUUUCCCCGAGCUUCACCCUGAAUUUGUUGGUUUUUCCAAAGAGCACGGCCUGAAGCGUGAUAGAAUUGUAAUCUACAGAGAAGAAAUGAUGAAGGUCAAAAACAUGAUGAACGAGGCAUGGACUAAAAAGAAAGGCCCAGGAGCCAAGGUAUAA